AUGGGGAUGCCGGACGGCAUGCCGCCGAUGCCUAUACCUGAGAAACAGAUCCCCCUCCCUGUAACAAGUAUUCCUGAAGAAAUCAAAAUCCCUAGAUUGAAUUUCGCCAAUGCUGUUCAAAUCUGGCCGAAUCAAAAUCUACAUCCGAAGCUCAAUCGACAUGGAAACCCAGAGGUCAAAGCUAGAUACUCCACCCAUAAUGUUAUGCCUGCAGUUAUCUUCAAGAUUAACAACCAAGAGGUUGUUGAAAACAGUAAAUCAGAGGAGCGACAAGCAGAGGAACGAAAUGGUGAUGUUGAAAGGAAAAAUGAAGAGAUAAAAGGCAUACAACUGAUUGUGGACUUGAAUUCUGAGAUUAACAAAUCUUUUGCUGAAAUAGAAGGUGCAUCUGAUGAUGAGGUUGCAGAUAGUUUGAUAGAGUCUCUUCCUCCUAGCCUAGAAACAUCAAUGAUGAAGGCCAUACGAUUCUUCCUCUAUAAAUACACAUUUACAUCUUCUCUCUUUAUUGAUCCCAACGAGAAACUGGAGGCGUCUAUUAGUAAAACCUUGAUUUCCCCCCUUUUGGCAAUUGUUUUAUUCAUCUCACAAACACAGGCGCUGGCUACAGACUCCUCUGCGUACACAAACUUCAUCAAAACCAAAUGCAACAUCACCGCAUACCCUUCACUUUGUGUGAAGACACUAAUGCCUUAUGCUUCUUCCGUGAAAACCAACUCCACGAAACUUUGCCAAGAAGCCCUUAAAGUAGCCAUAAAAGGGGCACGCAGCGCCUCUGUCAUUGUAUCGAAUCUGUUAAAACAGAAGGGACUUUCCCAAUAUGAAGCCAUGGCUACUAAAAUCUGUGUUGCAAGCGUGAAGACUACAGUAUACCAAUUCAAACAGAGUGUUAAGGCAAUAGGAGAUAUGACUGGUGAUGAAGAUGAAUAUCAGUUGUUUUACGCUAUAUCGUACGCAAGUUCUGCAAUAAGAAACACAGAAUCAUUCAUCGAUGAGUUCUCCAACUGGACGGAACAAAAGAUAAAUCCGAAUGUGAAGAAGGUGAUAGAUAGUAGCAUGGCAGUUAUUAAUUCACUCGGCAGCGUUGCCUUGUCACUCAUUAGCAAUCUUUAAUUUAUGAGUUAUUUUUUGCUUCAUAGACUAGAUCCAUAGAUUUGUUGGAAUUAAUUAAUGCACAUGAGUUUCCUUUUUAAUCUU